AUGUUUCGAUUGACACGCGGACUCCGAGCAGCGGCAGAGGCGGGCUCGUGGUCGCAGACGCUGCACCUGCCCAAGUCGACCUUUCCCGCCAGACCAUCCACCGAAGAACUUCUCAAAUACCGAAAACGAUGCGCCGACGACUUUUAUGCCUGGCAAAGGGACCACACACCGGCCGAGAACGAGAAGGGCGAACGCAACACUUUCAUCCUCCACGACGGCCCUCCAUACGCGAACGGCCCCGUGCACGUCGGACACGCCCUGAACAAGAUCAACAAGGACAUCAUCUUGAGAACAUACUCGAAGAGAGGCUUCAGGGUGCAAUACAGACCAGGAUGGGACUGCCAUGGCUUGCCCAUUGAGCUGAAGGCUCUGCAAGCCCACCAACAAUCAAGUCUGAACGAGGAAUCAAAGAGCCUGGUCCAUGACCCCAAGAAGGAAGCCAGCGUUGCUCAUGGUGCUGGUCUCAGCCCAUUGGCCAUCCGUGAGGCUGCAAAACAACUGGCGACAAAGACCAUCUCGGAGCAGAUGGACGCCUUCCGAUCAUGGGGAGUCAUGGGCGACUGGGACAGGCCCUACAAGACCAUGGACGCCGACUUCGAAAUCAAGCAGCUGCAAGUCUUCAAAGACAUGGUCGCANNAAAGGUGAGGUCCGUCCCUACCACCUCUGACAACUCAUAG